AUAAGUGUCCUCUCUGACAGUCAAAAAGCAUAUGAUGGUGAUGUAUUGCUUGGACUCUGGAGGUCCCCUCUUUGGUAGCUAUAGCGUUAAUAGUCCCGGGAAGUCCCACCUCCACUACCACCUUUCAUGUUAAUUUCAGCGUGAUCUCUGCGCGGACCGGAGGCAGCCGCUGAGUGCUUGAUUUGCUGCUUCGUGUCGACGAGGCUUCGGACACAACCUGUCGCUGAAACACUGUCGGGACUUUUUUUUGUGAACGGCGUCGUGUCCGUAUAAUGUCGCCGCUCAGGACGCGCAGCUGAAUGUGAAUAUUGUGGAUCCAGCUGGUAGUUAGAGAGGAGGUGAACGCACCUUGCAGCCAUGGGAGGUCAGAUCACCAGGAAUACCUUCUACGAUUCUCUGAACGGACCAUUUCCUGCCACAUCUCAGCGAUGCCACCACAAGCCCAAGCGCUGCCUUCCCAUCCAGCCGUGUAGAAGUUUGUCCUCCUACCCUCUGCUCUUCCACCCCAGCACCAAGGGCUCGCAGAUCGUCAUGGACAUAUCCCAAAGGACCGUCAAGAGGCAGGCCAGCUUCUGUAACGCCAUCACCUUUAGCAACAGACCAACCGCUGUGUAUGAGCAAGUACGGCUGAAGAUCACUAAAAAGCAGUGCUGCUGGAGCGGUGCUCUGCGUCUUGGUUUUACAUCCAAAGACCCAUCGAGGAUCAACCCAGACACCUUGCCGAAGUACGCCUGCCCCGACCUGGUCUCCCAGAGUGGCUUCUGGGCAAAAGCCCUGCCAGAGGAGCUCUCCAAUGAGGGAAACGUCAUCUCCUUCUGGGUGGACAAGAAGGGCCGAGUGUUUUACCGCAUCAACGACUCCAGCCCAAUGCUGUUCUUCAGCGGGGUACGUGUCUCUGAGCCUGUGUGGGCUCUCAUAGACGUCUACGGCCUCACCAGGGGGAUCCAGCUGCUAGACAGCGAGAUGGUCCCCCUGGACUGCCAGCGUCCUCGUUCUUUUACUGCUGCCCAGCGGGCCUCUAUUCAGCGAAACAGUGAUGACCCUCGCCUUUCCAUCAGCCUGUGUGACCUGAGCCUGCAGCAGCAGGAGACACAUCUGGAGGAAGAUGAUGAGGAACAGGAACGACUACAACGCUUAAGCUCCUCCUCCUGCCAUGUGCCCCAAAACUCUCAAAACUCGCAGCAGUGCUCGCUGCUGCCCAGCCAUUUGGACACCGAUCUGCACUUCCACUCGGUGCACGGCGUCCAUGUUACCGUGCUGGAUAAGCACACUGUGGCGCGGCUGGAUCACCGUGGUGACGAGAGGACCCUGGUGUUCACCAGUCGGCCGAUGCGCUGCUCAGAGACUGUAUUUGUGAAGGUUAAGGCAGGUGUCACACGGCCUGGGUCUCUCUCUUAUGGUGUGACUUCAUGUGACCCGGCCACCCUAAAGCCCAGUGACCUCCCGUCCAACCCAGAGUCUCUGGUUGACCGCAAGGAAUUCUGGGCCGUGUGUCGGGUGGCGGUGCCACUCCACAGUGGAGAUAUCUUGGGCUUUGUGGUGAACGCAGAAGGGGAGGUCAUGAUGAGCCAUAACGGCAUCAGUGCAGGGAUGCAGCUGUGUGUCGAUAACUCCAGACCACUCUGGAUGUUCUACAGUCUGCAUGGCGCCAUUACACAACUCAGGAUUUUAGGCUCAUCUCCACACCCAGACCUUCGAGGCCCGUCGGUCCCUAGCUCCCCAUCCUGUACACCCAACACCCCCACAAUGCUUUGCAGUGGCAACUCCGAGCCCAACCUCAACACACCAUUGAACAUCAACCUCAAUUCAAGCCUCAACUCCAGCUACUACACAGUCUUUUCCUCCUCCACAGGUACAACCCCAAGCUCUCCGUUCUCCAGCCACCCAGAGUCCCCUACUUUCCCAUCCUGCUCUGGCUCGUGGAGUGAUGAAUGCACCAUUUGCUACGAGAACGUGGUGGACACAGUCCUCUACGCCUGCGGACACAUGUGUCUCUGCUACACCUGUGGCCUCAAACUCAAGAAGAUGGCCAACGCAUGCUGCCCCAUCUGCAGAAGGACAAUCAAAGAUAUCAUCAAGACCUACCGGAGCACGUAGGCUUGUGUUAGACAAUGUUUUGCAUUGUCAGGUUCAGCUCAAGAGGUUGUAGUAAAAGCCCUGCAUGUUUGUGUGUGCAACCUGGCUCAGGUACUCCACAGCAGGACUUUAAACUCCAUCAUUAAAACAUUUUAUCUAUGUCUAAUGCACAUCCUUGGAAAGCUCACAGUUCCUACCUGUGGCGUCUCUGUAAGGACGCAGCAAUGAGAUUCAUCAUACAGUGUGAUCAACAGAAACAACAUAUGUGCUACUGCAGGAAUUGCUAUUGACCUACUAUUGUCCAGUGACAGUGAUUUGUGCAUCUGUUGAAAAGAAAGUAAUCUGAAGAGGCAUCUGUCCUACUUGCUGCAGAGUAACCCUUCAUUCACUGGUGAUAGUAUUGCUGCUAGCUAGUUUUACGAGAAGGGAAAUUGUCCAGAGCAGCGGAAGAAACUAGGAGAAUAAGUAUGGUUUCACCAGCUGCUUCUCCACUGCCAGUCGGAGUGCAUUGGGUUGUUCUAGAGUAAGAAUCAGUUCUAUACUAAAUCUUAGAGAAAAUAAAAGAUUUAUUUGACGUUUUCUGAAUGCUCCCAGAGGCCAGUGAGGAAUGAGUAAAAAUAAAAAGCAUUUUUGCGGUGAAAGCGUUGCAGUACGUCUAAAGUAAGCCAUUUUUUAAAUGCAUAGAAUAUACCUCUCCUGCAAUAAAGCACAAUGAAAUGCCUAAACCUAAAGGGUAAAGAAUAAAUAAAUAGAGUGUUUUGUCUGAUAUCUCACUACCUGCUGCGGUUCUGUGAAUUUCAGGCAGGAGCGAGGUUGUGCAAAGGGUAAAAAAGUGUGAAUGUUGUCACCAUAGGAGGUCACAAUCGCAGUGAAUGAGGAUGUAAAUCAGUGAAAAGGGAGCAAGGGAGGAGGUAGUAGAGAGGAUGUUUUAUGUUUGGGACGAAGACAGUAGGGAUAGGCACCUUUUGCUGUGUGUCUGCAUAUUGUUUCAGUGCAAAGAAAGUGUCUGCUCACUAAGGCACACCACAUACAUCAGACAUUUGUAUGAAAGCCUGUAAAAUGCGGGACUUGCAUGAGCUGCAUGUCCUUCUUCUUGGUGGCCUCAGUAAGCCAACUGGAUGCUGUGAUUGGACAAAAGUCAUCCAAAAAAACAUUGGUGGGCAGUGAAAUAUUUUUAAAAUUCUGAAGAAGCACAUAAUGAUGACAUAUCACCCUCUUUAUCAUUGCAAGAAACCCAUUGAAAUCACACUGUAAGUCACAGACUGAUGGCUUUGCUUACUUCAGGUUACCCACUUCUCUUUUAUAUGUACAUUAAAAUAAAACAUGAAUAUUUGCUUUAAGUGAUGAUGUAUUUUAGCACACUAUGUCUUCAAGUGGAAAGAAAAAAAAAUCACACAGUGUGAGUGCAGUGACAAGGAUGUAGCUUGUUAUUGUGGGACUUAAAUUUGCAUAUCAGUCGGGCGCCCAGAUAGCUCAGUUGGUAGAGCAGGCACCCAUAUGUAGAGGUUUACUCCUUGACGCAGUUGGCCUGGGUUCGACUCCGACCUGCGGCUCUUUGCUGCAUGUCAUUCCCCCUCUCUCUCCCCUUUCAUGUCUUCAGCUGUCCUGUCAAAAAUAAAGGCUGAAAAAGCCCAAAAAAUAAUCUCUAAAAAAAAUAUUUGCAUAUCAGUUUCUGAGUGCUGCUCUGUGUCUGUAAAAGCAAACUCCAAGGACAUUUUCUCGACUAAUGUCAUACAUUAUGUACUGCUUUGAAUUGCUAAGAAGUAAAAGCUAUUUUCAGGUGUUAUUUUGGCCUUGCUUUUGUAAAGUAGUAAGUGCUGAUUUGUUUUUUACAAGGUGUUGAAGCUUGUCAUUUUGCAUUAUCUGUACUGUUUUAUAAGGUUUGAGUUAUGUUUUCUUGUGUGCCUUUAAAAAGAGAAGUCUAGACACACUUUUGGUCUGUUAGGCUCCUCACUGUGAAAACCAGGAGGUUCAUAUUCAUCUUAAAGUCACUCUUACACUCUGAUGUGAGCAGGUCUAACCACACAACUUACCAAUUCAAACAUUUCAGUGUGCUUAAUAUCAGUGUGUGAACUUAUUCACUGCUUAAGAUAAAAUGUUUAAAUAUCGCCUUCUCUCCUCUGUCACUGCAUUGCAUAAUACUGGAAUUUUGUUGUGCUUGAGAGAUGCUCAGCCUUUUACAUUUCUACCUGUUUUUGUUUUUUCUUCCUGACCAAAUAUGACCUAGCAGAAAUAAAACAUUUGUGAAACAUUUUUUGAUAGAAAAAUGGGAUUUAUGAGUGUAAUGUUAACUGUACAUUAUGAGGUUUAUUUAUUUUGUCAAUGCUACUAUAAAGAAGUAUCACUGUUUGUUUUAUAUGUAUGGCUGUAGUGCCCAAAAAAUAAGAAUAUUGUUUAUUUUAUUGUUGCAUAGUUAAAGAUUAUAGAAAAUCUGAAUCUCUCAGCUGAUUUUCACUUAAAGGAAUAGUUUGGCAUCUUGGGAAAUACAGUACGCUUAUUCACCUUUUGGUGGGGGGAUGUACUACUAAGUACAUUAACUCGAGUACUGUACUGAAGAAUUGAGGUACUUGUAUUUUACUGAGUAUUUGCAAAUUAUACUACUUUAUACUUCUACUCCACAAGGGAAAUAUUGUAAUUUUUACUUACACACAAAUGCACCAGUAGUUAUAAUUUCUGCAAUAUUGUAGGCCUAUAUGAUAAUAUAACUCUGACGGGAGUACUUUUACUUUUGAUACUUCAAGUGCAUUUGACAUUAUGGUAUUAGCGUACUACUUUUAUUUAAACGGCUAAUCAAUAUUUAUCGAAUAAUGUAUCAAGUCACAAUGUUACAAUGUUAAAGUGGUUGCUAAUUAUCAUCUAAAUCUGCAGCUGCCCUCUGCACCAAACUGCAGACAGACACAGAUAGCAACCAGCUGGUGAACGUAGUGGAGCAUCUAGCAGCUAAAGAACCAGACAUUUCCCUCUGGAGUUGGUUGAGACCAAAAACAGAACUUAAAUAUUAAGCUAAAGCCAGCAGCUGACUUAGGCUACUUAAAUUAGCAUAAAGACUGAAAACCAACCAGUAACUUUCUGGAGUCUCUGCUGGUUGCCUGGCAACUGGCCAGCCAAAAACUAGUCUGAACAAGUCUGGCACCGUAAAACAGCCAAUAGUGUUUGUUUUUUUAACAGUUUUCAACACGCAAGAUAUAAAGUGUUAAUAAGUGAGCAUUAGAGGUGCAUGUAGGCAGAUUUUGUUACCUUUAAACAGAGCCAGGCUAGCUGUUUUCAGUCUUUAUGCUAAGCUAACGUAUGCUAGCUGUGGCCACUUACUGGAUCAAUGUUUUUAUCUAUCUCUUCGCCAGAAAGUAAAAAACGUGACUCCCAAGAUAUCAAACGUUUCCUUAAAUGCCAUAUACUAAAUGAUGCUAUUAAAAGGGAAUAAAAUGUGUAAAGUUGGCAUUGGUUACCUAUUAGUUGGUAAAAUUAUGUUUGUCCUACUUGUGCGUAUUUAAAUUCUAUCUUGAAAUUGUGUUGUAGUGAAGUAGGCGUAAAUAGUUUCCAUAUUAUCAUAAUUCUGACUAAUCCUGUUUUUCAAAUGGGACCAAAUAUAUGCCAUCCAAACACAACAAAACCAGCAAGUGAGUAAAGGUGGGCAUUGUGCAUUUUGGACAGGAAAAUCCUAACUUUGGUUUCCUGGGAUUGGGGUUUCUAUUAGUCAUUAUAAAACGUUCUUGUGGUGGUUUAAUUAUGUUCAGUUUGUUAAAUAAAGUUAAAGUCUGAA